AUGUCAUUUACACGUCAGAAUGUUGAGUUUAGUGCUAAUGAUGGUGUAAUAUUGAGAGGUUGGCUUUAUCAACCUGUUCAAAAUAAUACUCACCAACAAAUUUAUCCUGCAAUCAUUAUGACACAUGGUUAUUCAGCUGUUAAAGAGCUAUAUUUAGAUUUGUAUGCUGAAUUAUUUACAAAAUCAAAUUUUGUUGUGCUGGUUUAUGAUCAUCGAAAUUUUGGUGAAAGUGAUGGUGAUCCACGACAAGAAAUUGAUCCAUGGAAACAAAUUGAAGAUUAUAGUUCGGCAAUUGAUUAUUUACAAUCAUUGACAACACUUGUUGAUUCACUACGUAUCGGUAUAUGGGGAACAAGUUAUAGUGGUGGACAUGUACUCGUUGUCAGUGCAAAAGAUAAACGUGUCAAAUGUGUUGUUUCACAAGUACCAACAAUUAGUGGAAAACGAAAUAUUAGAAGACGAGUGAAAGAUGAAGAUCAAUGGCAAAAAUUAGUAAAGGAUUUUGAAAAAGAGAAUGAAAAUAGAACAACUGAUCAUAAACCAAAAGUGGUGCCCAUUAUCAAACCAGAAGAACAACAAGAUUGGUGGUAUUUUUUUAAUGUGGAUCAGGUACCGGAUAAAGAUAAGUGGCGUUGCCGAAACUGGUUAAAUGAACAAACAUUACGGAGUAUCGAAUUGUAUAGUGGAUAUGAACCAGAAGAAUAUAUUGAAAAAAUUUCACCAUGUCCAUUGCAGAUGAUUGUUGGAGAUAAAGAUACGGUAACAUUUACAGAUGAUCAGAUUGAAGUAUUUCAAAAUAAAGCGCGUGAACCUAAAAAAUUGGUCAUGUUCAAUGGUGGACAUUUUUCACCCUAUGUUGAACAAUUUGACAUUGCAGCGAACGCAGCAAAUGAGUGGUUUAUCAAGUAUUUACAAAAUUAA